ACACAGCUCAGCUGUACAAAACCCAUCCGCCAUGAUCGCUUAGCUACACAACACAGAGCCGACACAAGCGAAUGAGUUUAAGCUGAGUUUCAGACACACGGUUGACUUCAGGAGUUGUUAUGUUAUUGGAGGUACAUUUGAAACGUGGUCUAGUGAUGCCCAAUGAGAAAUAUGACCUGGCUGAUUCCAGGAGGAUGAACACAAUAAUGUCUAGCGAGGAGGCGAACAACGGGAGAAAACAUGCUUGGGACGGCCUUGAAAUAUCUGGUAAUGUUCGGAGUCUCAGCUCAGGCCUUUGGUCGCUCACUCACCUCACUUCUCUGCAUCUGAAUGACAAUUGCUUAUCACGCAUCCCACCUGACAUUGCCAAGCUGUACAACCUUGUGUUCCUGGACCUGUCGUCUAAUAAAAUCAGGAGCCUGCCAGCAGAGCUUGGCAACAUGGUGUCUCUCAGGGAUUUGCUUUUAAAUAACAACCAGUUGCGGGUUCUGCCUUUUGAAUUGGGGAAACUGUUUCAGCUACAAACACUGGGCCUGAAAGGCAAUCCACUCCCUCAAGAAAUCAUGAGCCUCUAUCAGGAGCCAGAUGGCACUCGACGACUUCUCAACUACUUUUUGGAAAAUCUCACAGGUGUUAUUAAGCGCAUCCCAACAGAUCAACCUCCAUCCAGAUCCUGGAUCGUGCUUCAGGAGCCUGAUAGGACCAGACCAACAGCCCUGUUAACCGUGAUGUGCUACAACGUUCUCUGUGAUAAGUACGCCACGCGCCAGCUUUAUGGCUACUGUCCGUCCUGGGCGCUUAACUGGGGCUACAGGAAAAAGGCAAUCAUGCAGGAGAUCCUCGCGGGCGAUGCAGACAUUAUCAGCUUACAGGAAGUGGAGACGGAGCAAUAUUACAACUACUUCCUUGUCGAGCUGAAUAAACAGGGAUACGAGGGAUUCUUCAGUCCAAAAUCACGAGCCAGAACCAUGUCUGAAUCAGACAGGAAACAUGUAGAUGGAUGUGCGGUAUUCUACAGGACAGAAAAGUUCAGCAUUGUGCAGAAACACACAGUGGAGUUUAACCAGCUGGCUAUGGCCAAUUCAGAGGGCUCUGAGGCGAUGCUAAAUCGAGUCAUGACCAAGGACAACAUUGGGGUGGCUGUGUUGCUGGAGCUGAAGGAGGACUUCAUGGAGUUGUCAUCAGGUAAGCCUGUCCAUGAGAAGCAGCUCCUACUGGUGGCAAAUGCUCACAUGCACUGGGAUCCAGAAUACUCGGAUGUAAAGCUGGUGCAGACCAUGAUGUUCAUGUCCGAGGUGAAGAAUAUAAUCGACAAGGCCUCUCGCAGCUUAAAGCUUUCUGGAGAAACCACAUCCAUUCCUCUGGUGCUGUGUGCUGAUCUUAAUUCACUACCUGACUCGGGUGUAGUGGAGUACCUGAGCACAGGUGGAGUGGACGGCACACACAAAGACUUUAGGGAACUGCGCUACAGCGACAGUCUGACCAACUUCAACUGCAACGGUAAGAACAGCACGUCUAACGCCAGAAUCACGCACGGGUUCAAUCUGAAGAGUGCCUAUGAGAAUGGACUCAUGCCUUACACCAACUACACCGCUGACUUCAAGGGUGUCAUUGACUACGUCUUCUACUCCAAGCCACAGCUGAGUGUUCUGGGUGUCCUGGGGCCGCUGGACACAAACUGGAUGACGGAGAAUGAUGUCACCGGUUGUCCACACCCUCAAUUCCCAUCGGAUCACUUCUCUCUGUUUGCACAACUGGAGCUGGCCCUGCCUUAUCUGUCUUCUCUUAAUGGAGUCCACUUACCUGGACGCAGGUAGUGAGGCCUUCAAGCCACCGGUGGCGCUCUAGAGUCUUUUCUCAAAACAUACUGAAAACGAUAAAACCUCCGAGCAAUUUUAUAUAAAUAUAUAUAUAUUUUGUUUUUCUCUUCUAUCUUUAUUCAGUUUUAGGGUCCAAACAUCUUUGUAUUUGUCAGGGAGUUUUUUUCUAUUUGUUUAUUAUUAUUUUUAGUCUAGUAGGAUUUUUGUUGAAACGCUCCCUCUCAUUGGCUACAUUGAUUUGUUUUAUAUUAAUAUAAGGACGAGGGUAACGCAUUUGGUCACGCUUUUUAAUGUCUGAUAUAUGGCCAGUUAUAUUUCUGAAUAAGCAUGAACUUUUAGCUCAGGCACAAUAGUUUAUUUCAUGAAGUGAUUUUCUUCUUUCUUUUAAUGAAAUUGGCAAUAGGUGGAUUUUAAAUGAAUUUAAAACAUGCUUUUAAAGUACAACGUUCUUCAUAUUCACGGUUAUAAAACGCAUCAUCAUCAUCAUCUUACGAGUGACCAAAUGUGUUGUGCGGUCGACCUCAUCAGUUUAGGAUUGAGGACCUUUUCCAGAUGUGCGGUGCUGAAACUUUGCUUUACUCGGUGCUGCCUCCGUCUUUUAUUUUCCCAUGGAUGGUGCAAUAUUCAGAAGUUAAGUUCAGGCACUGUUAUUGAAUGUUUUUAAUAAGCUGGAGUAUCGUGAGAAAAGCAUUUCAACAUCUUUCUCUGCGUUCAGGUGGCAUUUCAGAUGAUUCGUAUGUAGAAUUGCACAAAACGUAAACCAAAUUUUUAAACGACUAAAUGAUUUUGCUUUUUGCACACGAUUGUUUUAACCCUUUCUACAGAGGCGAUGCUCCCUUCUGUGAUUUGAUCUCACUGUGGAUUUUCUCCUCUUGGGUUUUGUGUUGUUUUAGUAAGGGAGAUUUUAUAGACGAUAACUAACAGGGAUUCUUUUAAACCAGCGAUUUCUCACUGUAUUGUUAUCUCCCAUAUUUUCAUCACACGUCUGUGUUUGAAAGCUGAAUAGCACUGUUCUUGAGGUUAAUAUUGUUAUGAUCGAGCAGUAAAUCUCUCUGUGUUGUAUCAGAGCGGUUCAUUCAGGUCUUUGUAUCAAAUCAAUCAAUCAAUCAAAUAUAUAUAUAUAUAUAUAUAAACCCAUAUACUUAGGCUUGUCUUGAUUGUUUGUAUAAGAGGCACAUGCAAGAAAAUUGUUUUAUGUUUUUGUACCACCAAUAAAUUAUGACCCAAAAUCUAAAUAAAAUUGUAUAAUAAGCUACGUUUUUAUUCAGAUGAAUCAGAAUUGAGCAGCUUGUAUAAGAGGUUGUUUGUGUUUCUCACUGCACUAAAAGACUUUCAUUUAUACAUUUCACAGCAUAUUCUUUGGUAUAUUCAUACUUCAGAAAUGCUGUUUAGUUUUUCAUUCAAACAAGCUUUUGUUCUUGUGACGUCAUACAGUUUAACAUUCAUGUCCGUCUGAUUUGUGGUCUCUUGAGUGAGAAACACAAGACAACCUCUCGUCCUUUACUGUUAUCGUGCUGAUGGUUUUGUGUUGUGGCAGUACUGCAUGUUUGGCAUUAUUGUGAUGUUUUCACUUCAAGAAAUCAGGUAUAAGACAACCCGUUUGCUUUAAAGACAGAUUUUUAUGCUGUAUUAUUUAGUGUCAGCCCAUUAUUUCUCUUGUUUAGCCAUAAGAUUUUGCGUGUUGUGCCAGUUUGAUUCAUUCUUCUGAAAAGCCAAUUGUAAGCGUUAGAUUUUCAUCUUUUGGCGAGGUCUCCAUUAGCCCUUUGGACCAAAAUCAAAUCUUUCAGCUGUAAAUGCUAUCUGCUCUAUUGGUGGUGAGGUGUUUUACCCGUUUUUGGUUAACUAAACCCAUGUCAUAAAUCUCUUUAUUUGAACUAUGCAGCAGUAUCUUUCUGUUUUAGCAUUAAGGAUCAGUACAGUUGUUUGUUAUAUGGGUCUCUCUCUCUUCAUAAAAGAUUUAUUUUUCUGUUUUGUUUUAUUAAAUGACCGUAUAUUGUUAAUAGUAUUAAAGUCAAAUUGAGAUUAGCUUUUUGUAAAGUGUGAAUAAAAUGUGUAUUGCUUAUUUCACUUUUCACAAAACAAAUGAGUUGUGGUGUGUGUGCAUUGAAUUGUCUUUCAUUAUUAUUAAUGUUUUGUGUUUAAUUUGUCCGUUUCAAAAUGAGGUUUUUUCCUGAACCAUUAGGAUUCUCAGACUGAAUCUGGUUUCAUCUUCAGAUCUUGCUGCGGUUUAAAUGCGUGAUAGAUUUAAUAUCAUGAUGAAGUCAGAAAAUAAAUACUAUGAUUGAAUCAAUAGCAGAUAGAGGUCUGAAAGCACUCCACAGGAUUUGUCAUUUCUAAACUGUGCAGUAAACCUGUAUGUCCCCAGUCUAAUAAUCUAAUGAUGAAGAUCAAAGGAGAGCAUUUCAAUCUUUGACAUGAUCUUACUCGGUCAAUAUUAUGUUCUUUACAUAAUAAUAAUUUAAUGAUAAAUCACAAAACUACAAACAACUUAAGAUGUUUUUUUUACAGACAGGUUCAGAUGUUUUCGUUCAUCCUUACUUUACUUUGAAUUUUGCUUCUCACUUUACCCUUUAAAGCUUAACAAUGAAUGUUUUACAGCAAUUAUUUUUGAUAUGAAAACCCUUCUUGACAAUGAAUUAGUUUUAAAAAACCUUUUCAGUUUUAUAGAGACCAACCAUCUUUUGUAGUAAUACCACACAACUGUAUACAUCCCAUCAUCAUGAGCCAUUAUGUAAUACAUGGGAUCAACUUAUGUUUACCGUUCAAGUUAAUGCCAGCAGUGAUAAACACCAAACAUGAAUCAAAAGCUUUUACAAUAUUUAAGAAUUGUUCUGUAUCUGUAAAAAUAGGCAGCUGUUUUUAAAGAAGUCAUCUCUGGAUAAACCACUAUUUUCUCUCACUUCUCUGUAUUAGUUUGUAUAUAGUUUCCUUCACACUAAUGUAUUUUCCUAUAUAUGGUUGAUAAUAAAAUCUUUCUGCUUCAUGA